CGGGCGGCCGCGCCGGCGCGGUCGCGCGGUGGGCCGGAGCCCGACGCGGUGCGCGUCGCAGCCCGCCGCCGUCGCCCAGCACUUGCGCCCACUUGCGUCAGCGCGCCCGGAAAUGCCUAGGCGGCGAACAUGGCGGCUUCCGCGGCCGGCCUGGGCGGCGGUUCGGGCCCCGGGCCUGAGGCCGGGGACUUCCUGGCGCGCUACCGCCAGGUGUGCAACAAGCUGAAGAAGCGGUUCCUGCGGAAGCCGAACGUGGCGGAGGCCGGCGAGCAGUUCAGCCAGCUGGGGCGCGAGCUGCGCGCCCAGGAGUGCCUGCCGUACGCGGCCUGGUGCCAGCUGGCCGUGGCCCGCUGCCAGCAGGCGCUCUUCCACGGGCCCGGGGAGGCGCUGGCGCUGACCGAGGCCGCGCGCCUCUUCCUGCGGCAGGAGCGCGACGCGCACCAGCGCUUGGCCUGCCCCGCCGCCUACGGGGAGCCGCUGCAGGCCGCCGCCGCCGCCCUGGGCGCCGCCGUGCGCCUGCACCUGGAGCUAGGCCAGCCGGCUGCCGCCGCCGCGCUCUGCCUCGAGCUGGCGGCCGCCCUGCGCGACCUGGGCCAGCCGGCCGCCGCCGCCGGCCACUUCCAACGCGCCGCGCAGCUGCAGCUGCCCCAGCUGCCCCUGGCCGCCCUGCAGGCGCUCGGCGACGCCGCGUCCUGCCAGCUGCUGGCGCGCGACUACAGCGGCGCCCUGGCGCUCUUCACGCGCAUGCAGCGCCUGGCGCUGGAGCACGGCGCCCACCCGCUGCCGCCGCCGGGGCCGCAGCCCCCGCCGCAGCCGCAGCCCAAGCCGCCGGGGCCGCAGCCCGGGGCCGGCGCGGCCUCCGCCCCACCGCUCGCGCUGCUCCCGCCCGGCGCGGGCUCCGCGGCCGCGGCCGCGCCCUCCCCCGCCGCGCUGGGCGCCUUCGCCGACGUGCUGGUCCGCUGCGAGGUGUCCCGCGUGCUGCUGCUGCUGCUCCUGCAGCCGCCGCCCGCCAAGCUCCUGCCGGAGCACGCGCACACCCUGGAGAAGUACUCCUGGGAGGCCUUCGACGGCCACGGGCAGGACGGCAGCGGCCCGCUUCCCGAGGAGCUCUUCCUGCUGCUGCAGUCCUUGGUCAUGGCCACCCACGAGAAGGACACGGAAGCCGUCAAGUCGCUGCAGGUGGAGAUGUGGCCCCUGUUGAGCGCCGAGCAGAACCACCUCCUGCACCUCGUUCUGCAGGAAACCAUCUCCCCGUCGGGCCAGGGGAUCUGACGAGUCACUCCCAGCGACUCUGUGCCUGUCCCCGAACCUCACGCACCCGCCUGCGCGUUUACGGGGACACAAGAGGCGUUGACCCGGCGCUUCUGCCUUUGCAGUGUAUCUUACCCCUGUUGCCACCAGAGGAAUGCGGUUGACUACAAGUUACGUUGUUUCCACAAUAGUGGCAGAAAAGAAACCAUAUGGUAGAAUCGGAGUAGAGUCUCCGAUUCUCUUCCCCAGAAACGGCAACAGAACCAUGAGAGCCCCUUCCGCCCCCUUUCCUCUUCUGUUUUCACCCACCUGUCCCCACCCACCCCUCUUCCCCCGCAAGGCUCCCCUCCCCCCGCGUCCUUCUUUCCGACUGAGGACUAAUUUGCACAGCUCUGGCUCGCUACUUCAGCUGCAUGAUGUUUUCACGGUGACUCUGAUUGCUUAGCGUAUUUCGAUGUCCGCCUGCGUGAUCGCCCAGUUCCCCCUGUGUUUCACGCGCCCCGUACGUGUUCGUGGGAAUCACUGGAUUCAGUACUAGGCUGUUGUCGCUACAGCCCUCGGUCCAUGAUAAAGCCAUUCUGACCCUCCUAGCUUGUGGUUCGGAUUUACCUCAUCUAUGAAAGGGGAAUAGCUUAUCUCCCUGGCAGGAGGCGGCAAGCAGAAGCAGAUAGCUCCCUUUUAGCUCCAAGAUGGAUUCGUUCAUUCGAAGUGGACAGUGUGCCUAUGAAUCUACAGAGGUCAUUUGCGAUGUGGCCUUUCUCAGCUGCAGUGCGAAUGUGUUCGGUGCAGAGCGGGGUGGGAGUGGGGCGGGGCGAGGGCGGGGCGGGCCCCAGAGCAGAGGUGUCAGCUGUGCUUUGCAGUUUCCAGUUCUGGCUCCGUUUCGAGAGGUGCGGGUAGUCCACGGGGCAGCUUUCAUUUGUGUGCGGAUCCUUCUACAAAUCUUAGUAACUCAAAUGUGUAAAAUCAGCACGCUGCUUUGGUAUUGUGUGAUCGUGUGUGUGCCAGACUGUGCCCUUGUUCCCCAAAAGCAGGAUGGCGUUCCAUUUUUAAACACUAAAUUUCCAAGGCGUUUUGGUCCAGACGUUGCAUGCAAACCGACUUAGCUGUUUUCUCAAAUUCAAUUUUAUUUUCUUUAGUGUUGAGAGUGAUGGUAGGAACUCUUCAGAAUAUAAUCUCAUUCUCAUUCAUUCGGCUUGGGAAAACGCAUCCUUUAGGCUGAAGUUGUAGACAGCACUAAUCUUUUGAGGUGAGAUUUAAGGACACAGUUUGGGAACAGAUCUUGGUUUUGUGUAUUUGGGGGGGGGAGGGGGAAUAUGUGGAGUGUUGUCACUAUGGGUUAAGUGUCCCCAAAUGGAUGGGACUUUUAGGGUAUUCUUUUCUACUUCUGUUUCAGCAGUGUGGAAGCAGUGGCUAAGGAAGUGUAGGGGAGGCCCGUUUGGGACAGAUUCGGCCACCCUUCCUGUGCUCUCACUUGGCUGCCGGGAAGGGUCUUUCCGAGCCCUAAAGGCCUAGUGCAGCUUGUUGCCGAAGUGGCAAGGGUGCUCGCUCCCUUGUGCUUUUGCUUUUUCUGGUACACUCUUGUCAGCCUGGGCUGCAGCCCUGGCCGCCUUCCUUACUGUCCUCGUGACAAGAAUGCUUCGGAAUUAUGGGCUGUGGCUGGUGACAGCAUUUGGGUUUGGGCGCAAGGAAAAGCCUCCUUAGACCUCUGGUCUGAACUCCUUGCUUUGAGGAGGUGGGGGGAGGGAGUACCAGAGAGCCUGGUAUUGGGUAUACGAGCAGUAUUAGAGUUCUCCAGAGAAACAAAAACAACAGAAUCAAUCUCUCUCUCUCUCUCUCUCUCUCUCUCUCUCUCUCUCUCUCUCUCUCUCUCUCUCUCUCUAUAUAUAUAUAUAUAUAUAUAUAUAUAUAUAUAUGUAAUUAUUCCAUGAUAUCAGUGUUUAACAGUACCUGUUUUAAAAGGUAUAUUUAAAAAAUGAAACAUAUAGAAUCUCAUUACAGAUCAGCCUUAACAGAUGAACAUUUGGAUUGAUUUUAAUGGUAGGGAACACUAACUUUGUACCAUAGUUAAGUAAAAUGUUGUCCCCCCAAAAUAACUGUAAUCUUCGCAUGAAUAGACCUGUAUUACAAAAAUUAUUA